AUGCGUUUCAAGAGCCAGCUCACGAACGUAGCGACGUUCUCUAAAUUUACGGCUUCUCUAUCGUCACUUGGCAAGAUCUGUUGGGUGAGGCUGGAAGAUGAAGUCGUUCGCUUCUCCAUAGUGCCAGACCAGGGGACGCAGGUCUGGGCCCAGCUACCAAUUUCAGCCACUGGCGCUACCUCUGCACAACUACGAUUGACCAAAAAGGGGAAUCAGCCCUUGCUCGCCUUGACGGUGGUAACCUCGUCAUGGGCGUCUGGGAAGGGCACGUCGUCCGCAGACGAGGUGGGGAGAGGAAGUCACACACACUCUCUUGAAAACGGUGCCUCCUUGACCGGAAUACCCGCCGCAGAACUCCUGCAAGAUGGCCCCAGAGAACGUGAAACGAUCGUCACACAAGAGAUACCCAUUCGCGUUCUUCAUCCCUCCACGGUCGAAGGACUGCACGAACCACGUUGUCGUGAUCCAGACGUGCAUAUAAUUCUCCCCAGUCUCAUCCAGCUGAAAAGCAUAUCAGAGCGUUUCACAAAGCUCGCCACCGACGCUACUUCCAGCAAAACCGGGAAUGUCAAUGCUGGUGGCAACAGCAAUGGGUCUGCUCUAGCGGGAAGUCAUAGUAGCGGGCCCAAGUUGGAACUUAGCGCAAACAUGCACGGUUCAUUAAAAUUGGCCAUUGCUACUGAUGCACUCCGCAUCUCCAGUGUAUGGACUGGCCUGGUCAAUCCUCCCCUUGAUCAGGCGCACAUGUCCCAGCGCGAGAUUGCUCAGCUUCCUAGCGAGAGGAUGAGGGCUCGAGGUGCGGACGGCGAGGAAGGGUGGGCUAAAGUCAGGAUUGAUGGUAAAGACUGGGGUCGUGUAUUGAGUGUCGGCAGAUUGAGCCCCAAAGUCGUUGCCUGCUUCAUCGAUGAGACUGCCCUGAUCCUAUAUGUUUAUCUCCCGGGGGGUAUCGGAGGAGAAGACUCGUGCCUAACGUACUAUAUCAACUCAUACGCCACCAGGGAAGACCAGAAAACGAUACAUGCAAGAAUGAAGAAGUAG